CUCCCGGCAUAUACGAAGUCGCGUCGUAGUUUUUAAAGGCACACUUUGUACAAACGUAGACACGCACGCCUCUUUCUUCCGUACCUCCGCCUCGCCUCGCCUCGCCUCGCCUCGCCUCGCCUCGCCUUCGCCUUCGCCUUCGCCUCGCUACGUAGUGAGCAACAGAUAUUAACGUGCACGUUGUAGAAGCGAUACCCCGACCUGUAGAAAGCGAGACAUGCGUCCGGCCGCCGGUCACUGGAGAAAAAUCCUCCUUGUGUACAUUUUGCAAUUAUUUCCAUACACGACGCUGGCAGAUCACAUGAAGGUCCAGUUGAUUGCGCCGAAGUACAUAACGUAUGGCGAAACAGCUACUUUAGUCUGCAACCAUACUGUCCCGGACGACUUGCUGCACAAAAUAGAAUUUAUGAAAGACGAGAAGAGGAUAUUUCAAUAUAUAAAGGAAAGAAUACCGCCGUAUAUCACAAUGCCGCAUAUCGACGGCGCAAGGCUGGAGCAUUCGAGAAAUGGCACGACAAUCAAACUGCAUAAUGUACAUUUCGACACUUCCGGAUCUUAUACCUGCGAGGUCACUAUGACAACGCCCAUUUAUACCGCAGGUGCUGAUCCUGUAGAUAUGAAAGUGAUACGUCCACAGAGUGCGAAUCCUAAGAUUACAUUUAAAAAGAACAUGUAUGUGGUUGGUGAGAGCCUGGAGGCAAAUUGUACCUCCUCGGCCGCAUAUCCAGUUCCUUACAUAACAUGGUUUAUAAAUGGCAAAGAGGUGGAUAUUUCUUUAGUGAAUCACUAUCCGCAUACGUAUCAUAAGAACUAUCUGAUGUCUGCCACCGCCAGGUUGAAGGUGGAAGUUUCUGCGUUGCAUGCCGGGGAAAAUGGAUAUUUGGAGAUCAGCUGUCGGGCAACGAUACCCGAUUUCCCCAUGCAGCACGAGAAAUUUGCUGAUAUUAAGACAAAGGCGGUGUCAGUGCAAAUUAUACCAGCGUCGGAUAUGAUCACGUCUUCCGCGACAAUUCUCGCACGAGAACUAAUGCUAUCUACAAUACUGUGCAUAUUAAACGCGAUGCACGAGUUUAUUCCUUAAUAAAAGUCAAUUGCUCUAGAAUAAUUCGGCUGUAACAUACUUAAUCGUAAGGAUAUUAAGGCGAUGAACAUAAGAUCGAACAAUCACAAUGUCUUCCUUCGAUAUAUCGAAAUACACACGGGGGCAGCGGUUUUAUUGUCUUUGCAGAAGUUUUGUAAACUCAUAGACGCGGCUUCUUCGUGCGCGCUAUUUUCGAUUAUUGCUUAUAACGAGCGUCGUCUAUCUUGCGAAACAUAUCAAUUCUCAUGAGAAGGAAAUGUCCGAAUAUUCGGCAGGUGUGUCGGAAAGCUAUGUCUCUUUCUUUCGUAUACGCGCAUCUACUUAUUACAUGAUAUAUAAAUUUUAGAAUUUUUAUCUGACAGUUGAAACAGAGUAAUAAAAUCUGUGUGCAGAAAUAUUUUCGCGAAAUAUCUUUGUUUCAUAACAAACAAAAAA